AUGGGAGGUUGUGCUGCACGUGAAAAUGCACCUGUGCGUCACGUAAUUGGACGAGUCUCUUCAAAUAAAUUCAUAGAACCUAAAGAUCGAGAAAAUCUCGAAUCGUACUAUUUAUUUUGGCUUGAUAAUACGGCAAGAUCACCUGAGUUUAUGGAAGCUUCAGAUGAAUUACGCGCCGUAAUAAAUCAUGUUGAAAUUUUCGAAUCAAAUGAAGAAUGUGUGCGAAGAUUUGAAAAAAUUAAACAAGGGAAGAUAUUUCUAAUUGCUAAUCUUACUCAAGGCUUACUUUUAUUACCAAGAAUUCAUCAUCAUCAAGAAUUAUGUUCUAUUUACAUGUACCCUAACCGGGAUAAUAUCGAUAUGAAUGAAAUAACCUAUAAUUUUAAUAAGGUUCGAGGAAUACAUGAUUCAUUCGCUACAGCUAAACGAUAUUUAGAAGAUGAUGUCAAAAUGCAUACAGAUCUUGAUGAACCAAUGAUAGUGAACUUUAAUGAAGAUGACAAUGAGUCGGAAUCUCAAGAAAGAUUUAAUUUAUUUCUCAAAGUAGUUAAUACGAAGGCAGACGAUGUUUAUGAUGAUCGAACUCAAAAGCAUUUGAUUGACACGUAUGAAGAAUACUACAAAGGAAACGAUAGUGAAACAAAUUUUAUCGAUGAAUUUUCUCGUUUGUACAAAGCUGAAGAUGCUAUUACAUGGUAUAUGCGUGGAUCGUGUCUACAUCGUUUACUUGCACGUGCAUUUAAUGAACAAAACAUGUGUUUACUUGUUGAUAUGUAUUCAUUCAUUGUGGAUGUUAAUCGAAAUAUAAAAACCAAAAGUUUAACUCAAUCAUCGAAAUUACAUGUUUUUCGUGGUCAAUUCCUUUCAGCUGGAAAACUCUCUCUUUUUAAAAACCAUAUCAAUCAAUUAGUAACAAUGCAUUGCUUCUUAAGUGCUCAGAUAUCACGCGAUGACGUUGUUAAUCUACUUGAUAGUAUCGAUCCGAUUGAUAAAACUUUCGUACAUAUAAUAUUCGAAAUUGAUGCAUCACAAAAUUGUAUACUUGUUGAUGAUAGUGAAUCGUCUGCAUCAAAAACAGCUCUGUUCAUGCUUGGUUCAGUCUUCAAAAUUGUUGAUGUUACUGAAACAACAGUAAGAUUAUCUCAAUAUACUGCAACUUCAGAUGAUAAUUUUGACUUAGCCAAUGAAUCGCCUGAGAUUAUAAAAGGUAUACUUACGUAUUUGAAAGACGGACCUGCUAAAGCGAUUCGAUAUUUUCACAAAAAUUUGCUUGGUCUAUCUGAAACCGAUCUAGUAGCACGUUCAUCGAUACACGGACAAUUAGGAUAUUUAGAACAACAAGUAGGUCAUUCGGAAAUAGCAACUCAGAUGUAUGAGAAAUCAAUGAAUGAUAGAACAAUUGAAUUUAGGGUAUAUCUUUUCUAUCUUGAUCAAGCAGCUAAACAUUAUGCUAAUGUACUUCGAGAUUGGGAAAAAGCGAAAGUUAUUUGGCUACAAAAACUUGAGAUUCAAAAUGCUUUGCACAUAGAAGAAGGCAAGGCACAAACCUAUGAAAAUCUAGCACGUGCUGCACUUAUGACUAAACAAAAUGAUACAACAAUUGAAUAUACAUCAGCAGCAAUUAAAAUUUUACCAGAUGAUCAUCCUCAUCUUUCAUAUCUUCGACAACAAUUAGAACAUGCAAAAACAAACGUAUCACUAGAAACGACGAGUUGA